GAAAAACAUUCAGUGUAACACUCUUCUUUAAGGCCAUUGUCUGUAUUUCCAACAAUUGUUUUGAAAGAUAAGAUGGCGUUUAUCUUCAUGUCUGCACAUGCAGUGCCGCAACUUACUAUUAUGUUGUUGCUGGUGGCUUCCUCUGAGUCAGAUACAUGUGAUGGGAACAGGGGUUUUCCUGGAAGACCAGGUAUUCCAGGAGUUCCUGGUGCCGAUGGGAAGGAUGGCCCCAAAGGAGAAAAAGGAGAUCAAGGUGACGAUGCAGUGCCGAUGUUUGGGCCAAAAGGGGACCCUGGAAUUCAUGGAUUCCCUGGCAGGCCUGGUCAGAAAGGGGACGAGGGACUACAAGGUUCACCAGGGGGAAAUGGAACGAAGGGAGAGAGGGGAGUUUUUACAGGGGUAGAUGCUCCAAACCAGCAUUUUGUUUUCUCUUACAAAAAAAGUCCUAGGGCACAGAGAGUUCUUAAGGACGGCUUAAUCAUCUUUGACAUCGCUCUGAUCUCCGGGGAAGAGGAUGUUUUGGAUAGUGAGGGUUUCUUCACGGUGAAAAUAGCUGGCAUGUAUUACAUUAGCUACCACAUUUCGUCUAGCUCGUCUGCCUGCCUAAAGAUUCAGGUAGGGGAGGAAGAGAAAGUCAGGUUCUGUGAUUCACCUGGUAUUAUAAUGGUAACUGCAGGAUCUGUGCUACUGCCAUUGAAAAUGGAUGAUAAAGUGUCUAUACAGGCCACUGAAGUAAGCUCUAUCUUCAGUAGAGACACUGACUGCACCUUUACGGGCUUCUUGCUCUUUCCAGAUUGAACAGCCACUCUUGUAUUUACUCUUCCUCAAAUCAUAAUUUGCAACCAUUGCUUGGGAAUAUCCAAUGAUUAAAGCUAUAAACCAUA